AUGACAACACCCGAGGCUUCCCUUGUUCUCCCGCAUAGUUGUUCGACCUCCACUGCACAACCUCCAACUUCGUCGAUUCCACAGAUUGUCACCAUCCAGAAUGAUAAUUCUGCGUUGCCUACAGGAGUUAUUCUCAAUGAGACCAAUUAUGAUAUUUGGUCUCAACUCAUGGAAAUUCAAAUUGCUACCCGUGGAAAGUUGGGCUAUCUUACUGGCUCUAUUGCUAUGCCAGCCGAAUCUGCUCCUACUUUUGAUGCGUGGACAACUGAAAAUGUACGAGUCAAAGGUUGGUUAAUUGAUUCUAUGUCCCCUGAGUUAAUGAGCCGCUUUAUUCGUCUUAGCACUGCCAAGGAGAUUUGGGAUGCUGUCAAGAAAGUAUUUUAUGAUGGCUCUGACGAAUCUCAAGUUUACCAACUGAACAGGAAGGCAUUCACCCUCAAACAGAAUGGCCAACCUGUUUCCAAAUAUUAUAGCAUGCUUUAG